AGCCGGGCUGCGAAGCGGGCAAUUUCAGUGUGAGACGGAGCGGCGAGACCGAGCGGCGGCUUCGAGCGCUGUGCGGCGGCUCCUCCCGCCCGGGGUCAGCGCCCCGGCGCGCGCACGCGCACCCCCGCCGCCCGAACGCGCUCCGCGCCACCCGCUCAGUCUGUCCGUCGACCGUCCGUCGUCCUGUCGCCGCGACUCCGCCGCCGCGGGCGCCACCUGAGGGAGCUGCCGCCGCGGGACCCGAGCGGACUGGAUACGACCCUGCCACCCGAGGCCGCCCGGGGCCCAGCAGCCGCCCGCAGAGGCGCCGAGCAACUUCGGUUGGCCAGCUCAUUGACGGAAGUUGCCUUUUGACAUAGCUCCCACCAUGGCCGGCUGGUAGGACCACCGUCCCAUGCCCAGAAGCCAGUUCAGAAUGACUGAAGAAGCAUGCCGAACACGGAGUCAGAAACGAGCGCUUGACCGGGACCCAGCAGAGGACGAUGUGGAGAGCAAGAAAAUAAAAAUGGAGAGAGGAGUGUUGGCUUCAGAGUUAAACGCUGACGGAGACAUGAGAGUGACACCUGAGCCAGGAGCAGGCCCAGCCCAAGGGUUGCUGAGAGGCGCAGAGGCGAUGGCCAUGGGCAGAGGCGAAGGGCAGGUGGGCGAUGGGCCCGUGGACAUGCGAACCACACACAGUGACAUGAAGUCCGAGAGGAGAGCCCCUUCGCCCGACGUGAUCGUACUCUCUGACAACGAGCAGCCUGUGAGCCCGAGGGUGAAUGGGCUGACCGAGGAUGCCUUGAAGGAGACCAGCACUGAGGCCCUUAUGAAAAGCAGUCCUGAAGAACGAGAAAGGAUGAUUAAGCAACUAAAAGAAGAGUUAAGAUUAGAAGAAGCAAAACUCGUUUUAUUGAAAAAGUUGCGGCAGAGUCAAAUACAAAAGGAAACUACCACCCAGAAGCCCGCAGGCUCCACUGGGAGCUCUGUGACCACCCCUCCCCCGCUUGUACGGGGCACCCAGAACAUUCCUUCCGGCAAGCCAUCACUUCAGACCUCUUCAACUCGGAUGCCUGGCAGUGUCAUCCCACCACCCCUGGUCCGUGGCGGGCAGCAGACGUCCUCGAAGUUAGGGCCACAGGCGAGCUCGCAGGUCGUCAUGCCCCCACUCGUCAGGGGGGCCCAGCAGAUCCACAACAUCAGACAACAUUCCAGCACGGGGCCACCACCGCUCCUCCUGGCUCCCCGGGCAUCUGUGCCCAGUGUGCAAAUUCAGGGACAGAGGAUCAUCCAGCAGGGCCUCAUCCGCGUCGCCAACGUCCCCAACACUAGUCUGCUCGUCAACAUCCCACAGCCCUCCCCAGCAUCGCUGAAAGGAACGACAGCCACUUCUGCUCAGGCCAACUCCACCCCCACCAGCGUGACCUCCGUGGUCACCUCUGCUGAUUCUCCAGCCAGUCGACAGGCAGCUGCCAAGCUUGCACUGCGCAAACAGCUGGAGAAGACGCUGCUUGAAAUCCCCCCACCCAAGCCCCCCGCCCCUGAGAUGAACUUCUUACCCAGCGCUGCCAACAACGAAUUCAUCUACCUGGUCGGCCUGGAGGAGGUGGUGCAGAACCUGCUGGAGACGCAAGCGGGCAGGAUGUCAGCCGCCGUUGUGCUGUCCCGGGAGCCCUACAUGUGUGCACAGUGCAAGACGGACUUCACGUGCCGCUGGCGGGAGGAGAAGGGCGGCGCCAUCAUGUGCGAGAACUGCAUGGCGUCCAACCAGAAGAAGGCACUCAAGGUGGAGCAUACGAGCCGCCUGAAGGCCGCCUUCGUGAAGGCGCUACAGCAGGAGCAGGAGAUCGAGCAGCGCCUCCUACAGCAGGGCGCCGCCCCCGCGCAGGCCAAGGCUGAGCCUGCUGCCGCCCCACACCCUGCGCUGAAGCAGGUCAUAAAACCCCGGCGUAAGUUGGCGUUCCGCUCGGGAGAGGCCCGCGACUGGAGUAACGGGGCUGUGCUACAGGUCAGAACUGCGGUGCCGGGAGCCCCCUGCACCGAACCACCAACCAGCCCUCACAUCCCAGACCGUGACCACGUCAGUCGCCGACUGUCACACUGCCUGUGUCUGUCUGCCUCCAGCCAGCUGUCCCGGGGCUCGGCCACAACGCCCCGAGGCAUCCUGCACACGUUCAGCCAGUCACCCAAACUGCAGAAUGCAGCCUCGGCCACAGCCCUCGUUAGCAGGACCGGCAGACAUUCCGAGAGAGCCGUGAGCGCUGGCAAGGGCAAUGCCACCUCCAACUGGAAGAAGGCGCCCCUGAGUACAGGCGGGGCCCUUGCAUUUGUCAGCCCGAGCUUGGCGGUGCACAAGACCUCCUCAGCUGUGGACCGCCAGCGGGAGUACCUCCUGGACAUGAUCCCGCCACGCUCCAUCCCCCAGUCGGCCACGUGGAAAUAGUGCGAGCCGGGCCCAGUGGAGAACAGGCUCCCUCCUCCCUCCCACCUGGCCCCACCACCUUCCACCCGGGAAGACACCCUGCUCCCCGAGAGGGCGAGUAAGCGCCGGCCGCGCUGCGGAAGUGAGAGUUCCGAUCUUGGCUGCAAAGUCUCAUCGACGUGGGGGGACCACUUCACAGGUGGACCAGGAUUAUUACUGGGGACCUUUCCCAUGGGCUUUCUUCCUUUCUUUGCCUUUAGUUUGCCCAACACCAGCAGAAAAGUGGACAUUGGGGGCUGGUUCUGCUCCUCGCCCUCUCCUUCGGCCCCCCGAAGGGCACAUGGACGGCUCACCCUAGACACUGUGACAUGCUCGGGCAGUGGCGCCCGGGGCUUCUGAAGUUGAGCGGAGCAUUCUGUUUUGUUUUUGCUUUUCCCUCUGUCUUAGCCUCCUAAUCUUUGACUGCCUUCCUUCAUGGCAAUCUCUAGGUUGACAGAUUUUUUUUAAUCACCUCACGAUGAUGGAGUUUAAUGUAAACCGUGCAGACCCAGGGUUCCCUGCCAAGCACGGCCCCCAUGCCCUGGAGGGUGGGCCUCUGACCACCCAGCCCUUGCUCCAGCAGAAGGCCUCUGCUGCUGCUCGUCCCGGAGACCCCCGACCUUCCACACUUAAGCAGAAGAACAAACUGCAACCCAGACCCAGCCAGAGAGCCCGGGAUCCUGGAAGCUGAGAACCGUCAACAGAGUAGGGAGGAGAGAAUCAGCAGCAACAUCCAGAGCCUGAGCGGGAAGUUGGGAGGGGCUGGCUGUUGUGGUUUUUGUUGUGGUGGUUUAUUUUAUUAAAUUCUUUCCUUUUCUUUUCCUACUUACUUUGAUGGACAACAUCCGAAGCCCUGGCCUGUGCUUCUGUCAGGUGUGUCUGGGUGGGGAGGCGCCCCUGCACCCCCCCAGACUUCAGGGUUUAUGUUUGGGUCUAGUUUAGAACCUUCCCUUAAAGCAGGGCCAUGCUGCCAGGGUUUGCCUUCAGACUUUUUUUUUUUUUUUUUUUAAACCCCCCUAGAGUCUACAGAAAUGUCUUACAAAGGAUCAGGUCUGCUUUUAGUUGUGUUGUGUUUUGGUUUCUCCCACUCCUUAAAAAUCGGUCCAUGAGGAAAGGCAGAAGCUGUUGUGUGUGUGCUGCACAUGGGCCAGCUCUGUGCAGGUGUGAGGGUGUCACGCGUACGCGCACACGCGUGUGUAGAUGGGGUAUGCUGCUCCUCACUUCAGCCCCAGCCCUGGUUUUCCUAUCCAUGCAGUUAGGGACUUAAUUUAAAAUCCUUAUUUUAUAGGGCCACCUUCUUCGAAUACACUGCUGCAACAUUCUAAUAAAGGCUCAUUUAACCGCCGCCGCCCCCUCCCAUGUUGUGUGACUAUCAGUGUUUAGAGGACAUUUUUGACAUGCCGUAGAACUAGUUUUCCAAAGCGUUCUAAUUUUUUGUUGUGUAAAACCCUAAAUUUCUCAUUGAUUUUUGUUUUGAGUACAUAAUGUAGAUGGGCUGAAGGAGGAGGGGAGGGCAGGAGAAGGGUGGCUUUCAUUCCAAGAUCCAGGGAUUUGGGGGAAAGGGGAAAUUGACCUUCAGGAGGGGUGGGGGAGCGGGGAAGGGUGUGUUUUUACACCAAAAAAUCAAGAGUAUGCAAGCAUUUCUAUUCCUCUCAUUUUUCUGUGUGCCUGGCAAAUAAAUACCUGUCUUAUACUA